AUGUUGAUCAAUGACAUUAUCAUCACUGGCAAUAAUACUGCUUUCCUAAGAAAUAUUGUUUCCCAACUCAAUUCCGCCUUCUCCCUCAAGGAUCUUGGUCGAUUGGAUUAUUUUCUUGGUAUUGAAGUCAAAUCCAAUUCUGAUGGCUCGCUCACUCUGACUCAAAGCAAAUAUAUUCUUGAUCUCCUCAAUCGCACCAACAUGGAAAACUCUAAUUCCAUCACUUCACCCAUGGUCUCUGGAUGUAAACUCUCUAAGUCUGGUUCUGACAAAUUUCUGGAUGUGUCCUUAUACAGGUCUGUGGUUGGCGCCUUACAAUAUGCCACAAUAACUCGUCCUGAAAUUAGUUUUUCGGUCAACAAGGUGUGCCAGUUCAUGUCUAAUCCCUUGGAGCAACAUUGGUCUGCUGUCAAGCGUAUCCUUCGCUACUUAAAGGGAACUAUGUCCCUGGGUCUCCAUCUCCAACCCACUCCUCCUAACUCUCCCUUGUCCAUUCAUGCCUACUAUGAUGUUGAUUGGGCCUCUGACCCUGAUGAUCGCCGCUCUACCUCUGGUGCCGCCAUCUUCGUUGGACCCAAUCUCAUCUCUUGGUGGUCCAAGAAACAAACUAUUGUUGCCCGCUCCAGCAUUGAAGCUGAAUACCGCAGUCUUGCUCUUGCCACUGUUGAAGUUCUAUGGAUUCAAACCUUACUCUCCGAAUUACAUGUCUCUCAUUAUUCCCCUGUAAUCUACUGUGAUAAUAUGAGCACCAUUGCUCUUGCACAUAAUCCUGUCCUUCAUGCUCGAACCAAACAUAUGGAGCUGGAUCUCUUCUUCGUUCGGGAAAAAGUAGCUGCCAAUCUUCUUCACGUGGUUCAUGUUCCGGCCAUUGAUCAAUAUACUGAUAUUCUUACUAAGUCCUUAUCGAAGCCCGAGAAUGCUCCACAAUUAACCUGA